CAUUUUUCCAUUCUCUCACCGGAAAACACACCAUGGACGCCGGCGACAAUCUUCUCGACGACAAUCUUCUCGACGACGUCAUAACAAACCAGACAAACAAUCUCAUUCUUGCUGAUGAUCCUCUUAUGUUCUUCACCGAGAACAAUCUCAUUCUUGCUGAUGAUCCUCUUAUGGGCUUCACCGAGAACAACUCCGCCACCUACUUAUCCUCUGGCAACCCCUGCCUCGACUUCUUCUUCCACGUCGUACCCGACACGACGACGGAAGACCUGAUCAAUCGGCUGCAGUUGUCUUGGAAUCACAACUCACUGACCACGCUUAAGCUCAUCUGCAAUCUGAGAGCCGUACGCGGUAGUGGAAAAUCGGACAAAGAGAGCUUCUACACAGCGGCGCUCUGGCUCCAUAACCACCACCCGAAAACCCUAGCUUCGAAUAUUCCUCUACUCGUUGAAUUCGGCUACUUCAAGGACUUGUUAGAGAUUCUCUACAGACUUAUCGAAGGUCCUGAAGUGCGAUGGAUUGCAAAGUCCGAGUGGAUCUUGAAAAAAUCGGUGAAAGGAAAAGGUAGGGCACGAAAGUUUUACUUCCUUUCGAAGAAGAGGAAGAAGCAGAAGGAGAAAAAGGAUGGAGAUGAUGAAAUUAAAGCUAAUUUGAGGGCAAGAGUGCCUCGAGAACAAAGGAUUGAAGCAAAUAGGGCACAAAUGAAGGCAGAGAAAGAAAGAGCAAAAUCAUCAAGGAAACAAAAGGAAUCCGCCAUGGCUAAGAAAGCACUGGAUCGAUACAAUUCAGAUCCUGAUUACAGGUUCUUCCAUGAUCAGGUUUCGAUGUUCUUCGCUAAUCGUUUAAAAUCCGAUAUUCAAUUGCUGGAUUCCGGUGAUCAUAUGAAGAUCAGUUUAGCUGCAAAGUGGUGCCCUAGUGUUGAUUCUUCCUAUGAUAAAACCACACUGAUUUGUGAGACAAUUGCUAGAAUCAUAUACCCUAGAAAUUCUGAUCCUGAAUUAGAUGGAUUUGAUGAUGCUAGUUAUGUCUUUAGAAUCAAAGAUCGAUUGAGGAAACAAAUUCUUGUUCCUCUUCAUAAUGCCUUGAAAUUACCCGAAGUUUAUAUGAGUGCAAAACAAUGGAGCUCGAUUUCUUACGAUAGAGUAGCUUCUAUAGCCAUGAAAAACUACACAGACAUAUUCUUGCAUCGAGACAAGCAACGGUUUCGCGGGUAUCUCGAAAACGUGAAGCGCGGUGAUGCAAAGAUUGCCGCUGGAGCUUUGCUUCCCCACGAGAUUAUCAGGUCUUUGAAACGUGGGAUUGGGGCAGCCACUGUUGCCGACCUUCAAUGGAAACGAAUGGUUGAUGAUUUGUUAAAAAAGGGUAAGCUGACGAAUUGCAUCGCGGUUUGUGAUGUUUCUGGUAGCAUGGUUGGGACUCCAAUGGAGGUCUCGGUUGCGCUUGGAUUGUUGGUGUCUGAACUUAGUGCGGAGCCAUGGAAGGGUCGUGUGAUCACGUUCAGUUUGUCGCCGGAGCUCCAUUUGAUCGAAGGGGGUGACCUCCGAUCGAAAACAGAGUUCAUAGGAAGGAUGGAUGCAGGUUUCAACACAGAUUUUCAGCGGGUUUUUGAUAAAAUGUUGGAGGUUGGUGUGAAUGGGAAGUUGAGUGAAGAUGAAAUGGCGAAAAGGGUGUUUGUUUUCAGCGAUAUGGAGUUUGAUGAGGCGUCAGCGAAUCCGUGGGAGACGGAUUAUGAGGUAAUAGAGCGAAAAUAUAGGGAUUGUGGGUAUGAGAAAGUGCCGGAAAUUGUGUUUUGGAAUCUUAGGGACUCGUAUUCGACUCCGGUGACGGCCGAGCAGAAAGGGGUGGCUCUGCUUAGUGGGUUUUCAAAGAACUUAUUGACUCUGUUUCUUGAAGAAGGCGGGGUGAUCAAACCUAGUGGUUUAAAUCCUGAACCUAGUGGUUUAAAUCCUGAAGCUACGAUGGAAGCAGCUAUAUCUGGAGAAUUGUAUCAGAAACUAGUUGUAUGUGACUGAUAUCAAUGGUGUACGUUUUGUGUUGUAGAAAUGAGCAAUAAAAUCAAUCCUAACAUUAAUGACA